GGUGCAUUCCUGUGUUUAGACGUUCCUCGAAAAACUAGCUCAUGUUGCUGUUGCGAUCCUCUCGUAUAUUUAAGACUACCUACCUACUAUUAAUUAUCAAUUGUAUAGUAUCAUUGAUACUACAUUAAGCAACGAGUUGUAACAACUAGUAUUUUUUACUUGAUUGAGAUUAGUGGUUAAAUACCAGUCAUUAUUUCGUAUAUCACUAUGCAAUAUGCAUAAUUAUUUGUAUUAAUUUGAUAAAUACAUUUUACAUACAUCGUUUUUUUUAUGAUUUUUACUGUUGUAUGUCCAUAGUUGAUGCUAAUUUAAUUGCCUCUUUUUGUUUCCAAACUUGUUGUGAAACUAAUAGUAAUGACUCACGAUUCAAUGAAAGAAGCUGCAAAAUGGAUUUCAUAUAAGAAUCCUGUUGUCACUAAUUCAGUUCAAGGGUUUAAUUCAAUGCUAAGUUGGAUCGGAUUAACAAGUUCUGGUGAAAAGCAAAAUAUAAUGAAACUCGAAAAUCACGAUUUAUUUAAAAUUAUUGGAAAAAAUAGUUAUAUCUUUAAAAUGGCUGGUCUUUUGGGAGCAUCAGCUGUUAUACUUGGAGCUUACGGUGCUCAUGUUGUAGCACAUAAAGCUAAUCCAGAAGAAGCUAAAAAUUUUGACACCGCAAAUCGGUAUCAUUUUUUUCAUACAUUUGCAUUGUUUGGUGUACCAUUUUGCCGGUUCCCAAGAAUUACUGCUGCUCUACUUAUUAGUGGUACAUUUAUAUUUUGUGGAACAUGUUAUUACAACGGAUUGACUGCAGAUAAAACAUAUAAUAAAUUUACUCCCACUGGUGGUAUGUUAUUAAUUGCUGCCUGGUUGUCAAUGGCCUUAUAAAAUAUAAAUUAUUACAAGAUUUAA